UAUUCUGAGGUGCGUGGUAGUGAUGGCGGCGCUCAGCGAGGCUUUUCUGUCACUGGGUACUACUACUCCCAGCCCGCCUCGGAGCCGCCCGAGCCACCCCUCGGUCUUUAGUUUACGAGUGGCAAUUUGACUUGCUCUGCUGCAUGUCUGGAGGGAUCGAGGAAAGUGUGGAGACGCCCCGGGGAUUUAGGGAUCGCAGUUUGGAAAGCAAGCCAGCCAAACAAAUAAACAAAACCCACCCGCCCUAACAAAUAUGAGGCUGCUGGAGAGGGCGAGGAAAGAAUGGUUCAUGGUCGGGAUAGUGGUGGCGAUCGGCGCCGCUAAGCUCGAGCCGUCGGUCGGAGUGAACGGGGGACCACUGAAGCCAGAGAUAACUGUGGCCUACAUUGCCGUCGCAACGAUAUUCUUCAACAGUGGACUGUCAUUAAAAACGGAGGAGCUGACCAGCGCACUGGUGCACCUGAAACUGCAUCUUUUCAUCCAAAUCUUCACACUUGCCUUCUUCCCAGCAGCAAUAUGGCUCUUUCUUCAGCUUUUAUCAGUCACAUCCAUCAACGAGUGGCUUUUAAAAGGUCUGCAGACAGUAGGUUGCAUGCCACCCCCUGUGUCUUCUGCCGUGAUUUUAACCAAGGCAGUUGGUGGAAAUGAGGCAGCUGCGAUAUUUAAUUCAGCAUUUGGAAGUUUUUUGGGCAUUGUUGUGACUCCGGUGCUCCUGCUGCUUUUCCUCGGUUCAUCCUCUUCGGUGCCUUUUACAUCCAUUUUCUCUCAGCUGUUUAUGACGGUGGUGGUUCCUCUUGUCAUUGGACAGAUCGUCCGACGCUACAUCAAGGACUGGCUGGAGAGGAAGAAGCCGCCUUUUGGUGUGGUCAGCAGUAGCGUGCUACUCAUGAUCAUCUACACCACCUUCUGUGACACUUUCUCCAACCCAAACAUCGACCUGGACAAAUUCAGCCUCAUCCUCAUACUGUUCAUAAUAGUCUCCGUUCAGCUGAGCUUCAUGCUUCUGACUUUCAUCUUCUCCACACGGAAUAACUCGGGGUUCACACCAGCAGACACAGUGGCUAUCAUCUUCUGCUCCACACACAAGUCCCUCACCUUGGGAAUCCCGAUGCUGAAGAUAGUGUUUGCAGGCCACGAGCAUCUCUCGCUGAUAUCUGUGCCCUUGCUCAUCUACCACCCAGCUCAGAUCCUCCUGGGAAGUGUGUUAGUGCCAACUAUAAAGUCUUGGAUGGUGUCCAGGCAGAAGGGAGUGAAGCUGACAAGGCCGACAGUGUGACUCGGGUGGUGCCAGCCUUCCUGGAGUGUGUACAUAUAUGUACAGGCUGUACAUACAGGGGUUCUGAGGACCUGUCCUUGGGGAUGCUGCUUUGAUGCCUAUUUUAUUUUUUUACAGAAAAAAAUAUGAUAUACCUGUUUAAGUGCCUUA